UGGGAGGGGUCUGUGCAGCAGGAGGCGGGGCGGGCUCAGUGGGCCAGUGGGCCACCUGGGUCCUGUCAGAGUUGGAGGUGGUCCGCUGCUCUUGGUUCCUUCAGCUCCCGUAGCUCUGGCGGAAUCUGCGCGAUGGGUGACCCGGAAAGGCCGGAAGCGGCCAGGCCCGAGCUGGGUGAGAGGUUGUCUUCAGAUUCCAAUGAAAAUGAAGUGAAAUCAAAUGAAGAGCCACUCCUACGAAAGAGUUCUCGCCGAUUUGUCAUCUUUCCAAUCCAGUACCCUGACAUUUGGAAAAUGUAUAAAAAGGCACAGGCAUCCUUCUGGACAGCAGAAGAGGUUGACUUAUCAAAGGAUCUCCCUCACUGGAACAAGCUUAAAUCUGAUGAGAAGUAUUUUAUCUCUCACAUAUUAGCCUUUUUUGCAGCCAGUGAUGGCAUUGUGAAUGAAAAUUUGGUGGAGCGCUUUAGUCAGGAGGUUCAGGUUCCAGAAGCUCGCUGUUUCUAUGGCUUUCAAAUUCUCAUCGAGAAUGUUCACUCAGAGAUGUACAGUUUGCUAAUAGACACAUACAUCAGAGAUCCCAAGAAAAGGGAAUUUUUAUUUAAUGCAAUUGAAACAAUGCCAUAUGUUAAGAAAAAAGCAGAUUGGGCCCUACGAUGGAUAGCAGAUAGAAAAUCGACUUUUGGGGAAAGAGUGGUGGCUUUUGCAGCUGUAGAAGGGAUUUUCUUCUCGGGAUCUUUUGCUGCUAUAUUCUGGCUGAAGAAAAGAGGUCUUAUGCCUGGACUCACUUUUUCCAAUGAACUCAUCAGCAGAGAUGAAGGACUUCACUGUGACUUUGCUUGCCUGAUGUUUCAAUACUUAGUAAAUAAGCCAUCAGAAGAAAGGGUCAGGGAGAUCAUUGUUAAUGCUGUUGAAAUUGAGCAGGAGUUUCUAACAGAAGCCUUGCCAGUUGGCCUCAUUGGAAUGAAUUGUGUUUUGAUGAAACAAUAUAUUGAGUUUGUAGCUGACAGAUUACUUGUGGAACUUGGAUUCUCAAAGGUUUUUCAGGCAGAAAAUCCCUUUGAUUUUAUGGAAAACAUUUCUUUGGAAGGGAAAACAAAUUUCUUUGAGAAACGAGUUGCAGAGUAUCAACGUUUUGCAGUUAUGGCAGAAACUACAGAUAAUGUCUUCACCCUGGAUGCAGAUUUUUAGAACUCUCCCCAUAGAUAAACCUAUCACUGGUAAAUAGCAGUCUGUUUUUCUCUGCUUUAAAAAACAAAAAAACAAAACAAAACAAAACAAAACAACAAAGUAGCUCCCUUAGGCAACACAAGUUUGCUUAAAAGGAAAUCCAAAACCAAAUUUCAAUAAGUUGGAUUUAUAGAAAUACACUCUAAUUUUCCCAUUUGACAUUCAGGAUGUGACUUCAGUUCUAUUGUUUUGUCACGAAAAUAUAAGAUGGCGAUAUGUAGUGAUUAAGAGCAUGAGGUGAGGGGUCAGAUUUGAGAUUCUGCCCUUACUGCUUUGUGUGAUCCUUGGCAAGUCAGUUAAUCUCUCUAAAUUUCAAUGUAUGUAUCCUUAAAGUGGGUGUAAUAGUAGCUCCUAAAUUUAUCAUGUGGAUAUGAGGGUUAAGCCACAAAAUAGGUGCUUAGCCACGACCGACACCAUUACUACUUAUUAACAGUCUUAAGUAUGGCGAUGUUGUGAUAAAAUGCUCCCCUGUCCUCAAAGUAAUUUUGAUUCUAGGUUCUAAGAUCUAGAAUUAGAUGUUUAUAUUUUAAUGUUUGAGGGAGAAUAUAAAGAUUUCAUUUAAAAAUUAGAAUUCUCAUUAACUUGAGAAUUGCUUCUUCAAAUUCCUCAGCAUGUAGUCAAGGAAAUUUAGUUCUCAGUUGCUUUGGGCAGGACACUUAUGAAGUGAAAUUUGGGAGAUCAGCCUGGCAGUUGACCUUGUAAGUAAAAUGAUUUUGCUCCUUUAGAAAUCAAAAAGGUAACAAUUGCCAGACAUAGCUAGCCCUGAAAUGUUUAAACUCUGGGUGAAUUAGCUAGAAUAGCAUUUCCCCAAGAAUGUUCUAAAAGCUGUGAGCCCCUCUAGAUAUUUUGUGGGGAAAAAUGGGAUUCUGUGGUCAGAUGAACCUGGGAAAUGCUAUCCUCCCUUCUUCCUCUCUGAAGUAUAUAGUCAGUACCUCAAAGAGAGAAAUUCUUCAGGACGUAAAACUUAUUUCUCCCUGCAUAUCCCAGACUUACUUAACAAAGAUCUGUAGUUUACCUGUUAACAUCUCACCUAACUAGUAUUCCUCUGAAUAUAGUUUGGAAAAGGCUGCCCUAGAACCAUUUUGUACACAGAGGAAGGACUUGUGGACUAGGCAAAGGAGACCUGGAGGGAUUUACUAAACCAUUCAUAUCUGUGCCGAGCUGAGUAAUGUACCUGAGACUGACCUCAGCUGUGCUUCUUUAAUACUCUUCAAACUCUUUUAUGCUGUUAAAAGGUAGAGUCCUAAUAAUGGAACUAUGCAUCCUGCACAAUAGCAGAUGGCAAGGGAGACAAAGGUUUCUGCAGAGGAGACAGUGAGGAAAGGCCAUGGACCCCUCUUUAUCGUUAGGAAGAGCCAAGAGGUAGCCUGAGCCCCCAAAACAGUGUGGUUCCCCACUUAACAGCAAACUGCUUUAUAACAUUCUGCAACCUAGAAUUUAGAGGUUUUUCACUUUGCAUAAAUUUUUGCUCCAUUCAUUCAGCAACGUUCUAAUGACUAAAAAUGGGAGUUCUCAAGUGGAUGCAAGAGGACCAGGCCAUAACCUUGUUAAGGAAACUGUCAGAAGCCUGUGAUAUUUUGGCCUAUGACAGUGCCAUUUGUUCAGUUUGUUCAGUGCUUCAUGGUUGGCCAGCUGGUUUUACAUCAUAUCACGUGAUCACACAACAGCCUUAUAAGCUUGACAGCUAAUAUUGACAUUUUACUGCUAGGAGAGAGUGAGGCUCAGAGAAGUUAAAUGACUUGGCCAAGGUGGGCUCUUAUCAUUGUCCUUGCAGUAGAAUUCUUUUUCCCUAGAGAUUAUCAUCUUUCUUGUAUUUAGUCCUUUACAUCCAUCUUGAUGUGAUUUUGCCUAUUUUCUCAUUCAGGUAUCAUGUACUUUAUUAAGGUGUUAUGUAAAUUAUUUACCUAUAUUCAGGUAGUAUGCUCAAAGAUGUGUAUACUACUGUAGAAACACUUAACAUUAUAAAUUGAGAAUAUCUGCAAUAAUAUUGGAAUGAAAGAAAAAAGUUUUCAGUGCAUAUUCCCUUUGUUUUGAAUCCAGAUCUUUCUCAUAGGUAAUGACAGGUGCCUUAAUAUGAAGCUUAUUUAUAGUAGCAAUAAACCUAACUGUGUUGAGAAGAAGUUUUAAUACUGAAAUACUGGAUUUUUAAUACACUGGUUUAUUAUAUUCAGUGUUCUAUAUCCUUUUCCAGGCCUUCAGGUUACAUAUUUAUUUAUUAUGUUUAGUAUUUUGGUUCCUAGUUCUUAAGGAAUGAAGAAAUUGUGGAAUUGCCUUUUAAUACUAUCUCACAGGUAAAGAAAUUCAGAGUAUGUUUACAACUUUUUUUUAAUAGCACAUGUACUUAAGUCAUUGCUAUAGUAAAGUUAAGUUUGUUAUUUAGGAAUGUAAAAACUUGUAGUUCAUGACAGCACUUAUUAAAAAUAACUUCAUUGUAGUAUAUAGAAUCAUGACUUGGAAGGACUUGGGAAGACAGUUUGAUUCAGUGCUUUCAGACAAAGCUAUUUUGUUGUUCAGUUACACACAAUAAUAAACAAUUGUUUUUACCUAUAAGCUUA